ACUGCCGAGCAGGAAGUGGUGGGUCCCAGAUGUGACUCACUCUCAUUAGGUAGCCGGUGGAGGGAGCCUUCCCAUGUGUGAGACAGGACGCCUUCGGAGCAAGGGUAUCCAGGGUCCAGCCACCUCCCUGCAGGCACAGAGCUUGGCUGGGUGGCUUUAGUGCCUCGGAAGAGCCAGAUCUGAGGACCUGGAAGGUUCUGUCAGCCCAUCCUAGAUACCCUGAAGACACCAGUGACCAACACUCAGUGACUGGAGCUGGUGCCAUGUGCCCAUGGAGCCACAGGCUCUGGGUGCCUCGGCCCAGUCCUGCCUGCUAGCCUCAGAGAGGCCAGAGGCCUAGGCCACGUAUACGAGUGUCAGGAGACAGAUGUAUCUCAGGCUGUGGGGCUCCUGAGCAGGCUGCUGGACCACGCUACUGACGAAGAAGAUGCCAGCCAAGGGGCGCUACUUUCUAAAUGAGGGUGAUGAAGGCCCCAACCAGGCAAUGCUCUAUGAGAAGUACCGCCUUACCAGCCAGCACGGGCCUCUGUUGCUCCUGCUCCUCCUGGUGGCUGUGGCCACCUGCAUUGCACUCAUCAUCAUCACCUUCAGCCACGAGGAUCCCCCCAGACACCAGGCUUUCCUGGGCACUGCCUUCUUCACGCUGACGCUGUUUGUGGCUCUCUAUGUGCUGGUAUAUGUUGAGUGCCUGGUGCGGCGAUGGCUGUGGGCCUUGGCUCUGCUCACCUGGGCCUGCCUCAUGAUGCUCGGCUCCGUGCUGGUGUGGGACUCCUGGAAGAAUGGAGCCUGUGCGUGGGAGCAGGUGCCUUUCUUCCUGUUCAUUGUCUUUGUGGUGUAUGCGCUGCUGCCCCUCAGCACGCGGGCAGCCGUCACAGUGGGGAUGGUCUCCACUGUCUCCCACCUCCUGGUGUUUGGAGCUGUGACAGGAGCCUUCAAGAUGUCCGUGUCCGGAGCACAGCUGGUGCUGCAGCUCCUGGCCAAUGCCGUUAUCCUCCUGGGUGGGAACUUCACCGGUGCCUUCCACAAGCACCAGCUUCAGGAUGCUUCCCGGGACCUCUUCAUCUACACUGUCAAGUGCAUCCAGAUCCGCCGGAAGCUGCGUGUGGAGAAGCGCCAGCAGGAGAACCUGCUGCUCUCCGUGCUCCCAGCUCACAUAUCCAUGGGCAUGAAGCUGGCCAUCAUUGAGCGCCUCAGAGAGGGUGGCGACCACCGCCACAUGCCUGACAACAACUUUCACAGCCUCUACGUCAAGCGGCACCAGAAUGUCAGUAUCUUGUAUGCAGACAUCGUGGGCUUCACGCGGCUGGCCAGCGACUGCUCGCCCAAGGAGCUGGUGGUGGUACUCAAUGAGCUGUUCGGAAAGUUUGACCAGAUUGCCAAGGCCAACGAGUGCAUGCGGAUCAAGAUCCUGGGAGACUGCUACUACUGCGUGUCAGGCCUGCCUGUGUCGCUGCCCACCCACGCCCGCAACUGCGUGAAGAUGGGUCUGGACAUAUGUGAGGCCAUUAAGCAGGUGCGUGAGGCCACAGGAGUGGACAUCAGCAUGCGUGUGGGCAUCCACUCCGGGAAUGUGCUGUGUGGGGUCAUCGGGCUCCGCAAGUGGCAGUAUGAUGUGUGGUCCCAUGAUGUGUCCCUGGCCAAUAGAAUGGAGGCAGCUGGGGUCCCUGGCCGGGUGCACAUCACAGAGGCGACACUGAACCACCUGGACAAGGCAUACGAGGUGGAGGAUGGGAACGGGCAGCAGCGUGACCCCUAUCUGAAAGAGAUGAACAUCCGAACCUACCUGGUGAUCGACCCCCGGAGCCAGCAGCCGCCCCCACCCAGCCAUCAUCUCCCCAAGCCCAAGGGGGAUGCCACCCUGAAGAUACGGGCUUCAGUGCGUGUAACCCGCUAUCUCGAGUCCUGGGGGGCAGCGAGGCCCUUUGCACACCUCAACCAUCGGGAGAGUGUGAGCAGCAGCGAGACCCCCAGUCCCACUGGACAGAGGCCAAAGGCCACUCCUCUGCGCCGACACCGUGCCGUUGACAGGAGUACAUCCCCCAAGGGACGCUUGGAGGAUGACUGUGAUGACGAGAUGCUCUCUGCCAUUGAGGGGCUCAGCUCCACCAGGCCCUGCUGCUCCAAGUCUGAUGACUUCCACACCUUUGGUCCCAUCUUCCUGGAGAAGGACUUUGAGUGUGAGUACCGCCUGGUGCCCAUCCCCCGGGCUCGCUACGACUUCGCCUGUGCCAGCCUUGUCUUCAUCUGCAUCCUACUUGUCCACCUUCUUGUGAUGCCCAGGAUGGCCACUCUGGGUGUGUCCUUUGGACUGGUGGCCUGCCUGCUGGGGCUGGUGCUAAGUUUCUGCUUUGCUACUGAGUUCUCGAGGUGCUUUCCCGCCGCCCGAGGUACACUCCAGGCCGUCUUGGAGAGUGUGGAGACACAGCCCCUGCUCAGGCUGUCCCUGGUUGUGCUGACUGUUGGCAGCCUACUGACCGUUGCCAUCAUCAACAUGCCACCGAUGCUUAACCCAGGCCCAGAGCAGCCAGGAGGCAAUGAGACAAGCCUGCUGGCUGUAAGGAAUAGAGUUGGGACCCCAUGUGAGCUCCUCCCGUACUACACCUGCAGCUGCAUCCUGGGCUUCAUCUCGUGUUCCGUUUUCCUGCGCAUGAGCCUGGAACUGAAGGCCCUGCUGCUGACGGUGGCCUUGGUGGCUUACCUGCUACUCUUCAACCUCUCCCCAUGCUGGCAUGUCCCAGGCAACAGCACUGAACCCAAUAGCACACACAGGACACCACCAGUCCUGCCUGCUGGACAAAGCACACCCAGCCACACCCUUGCUCUGGGGCCUCAGGUGACUGCCCCCUCCCCCAGCAGAUGUUUAGAGAAAGAUCUGAAGACCAUGAUCAACUUCUACCUGGUCCUGUUCUACGCCACCCUCAUCUUGCUGUCUAGACAGAUUGACUACUACUGCCGCUUGGACUGUCUAUGGAAGAAGAAAUUCAAGAAGGAGCACGAGGAAUUUGAAACAAUGGAGAAUGUAAACCGCCUCCUCCUGGAAAACGUGCUGCCGGCGCACGUGGCUGCCCACUUCAUUGGUGACAAGGCAGCUGAGGACUGGUACCAUCAGUCUUAUGACUGUGUCUGUGUCAUGUUUGCAUCCGUUCCGGACUUCAAAGUCUUCUACACUGAGUGUGAUGUCAACAAAGAAGGGUUGGAGUGCCUGCGCCUGUUGAAUGAGAUCAUUGCUGAUUUUGACGAGCUGCUGCUGAAGCCUAAGUUCAGUGGUGUGGAGAAGAUCAAGACCAUUGGCAGCACCUAUAUGGCUGCAGCAGGGCUCAGUAUCCCCUCAGGACAUGAGAACCAGGACCUGGAGCGGCAGCAUGCACACAUUGGUGUCUUGGUGGAGUUCAGCAUGGCCCUGAUGAGCAAGCUGGAUGGAAUCAACAGGCACUCCUUCAAUUCCUUCCGCCUCCGAGUUGGCAUAAACCAUGGACCUGUGAUUGCUGGAGUGAUUGGAGCACGCAAGCCUCAGUAUGACAUCUGGGGAAACACAGUCAAUGUUGCCAGCCGAAUGGAGAGCACCGGGGAGCUUGGGAAAAUCCAGGUUACAGAAGAGACGUGCACCAUCCUCCAGGGACUAGGAUAUUCUUGUGAGUGCCGAGGGCUGAUCAACGUCAAAGGCAAAGGCGAGCUGCGGACUUACUUUGUGUGUACAGACACUGCCAAGUUUCAAGGGCUGGGGCUGAACUGAAGUGUCUGGUAGUCAGUCUUCUUUCCUGAGGGAGCCAAGAAUGCAGCCCAUGCCAGUUGCAGAUGGCUGUGUGGAUGGCUUUGACAGGUGCAUCAGAUUCUGUUUGAAGCAGCUACUAAGUUGUCCACAGGACCUCUGUGUUUCAGCCUGUGCAGUUCCUGGUUGGCUAGAUCACUGGUCUACUAUGGGCUGUGUGUUCCCAGAGUGUGGGGGAAGAGACCUUAGUGUGUGAUCAAGACUGACACCUGCCCUGGUAGGCAGUGAAUAGCAUACACAGGGCGACAAACUCUCUCCUGGUUCCAGGAGGUUCAACCAAGUUGUCUAGCAUGGGUUGAAACCUUCCUCUUCCCAUCAGUACCUGCCAUGGGAUGCCAAUCUCUCAUGCAGGCAGCAUUCUGGCAAAUGGAGUUCCAAACAGUGUGCAUAUUGGCAGGUAAUCUCAAACAGUAGAGAAAAAUUUCUAAUUGACAUGUCACUUUUUACCAUCUCUGGCUUAUGUUUGAAAUGGGAGUUUUACUACCAACUCUUAGAUGCUAGACAAAGAUCUUCUUUCCAGUAUAUCCUCUCUUCUUAACCACAGACUACAUGUAAAUUGGACUGCUGUCCAGUGUUAGGAUUAGCUUGACUGCAGGGACAGAGUUUUGAGGCUCACAGCAAGAGGCAAGGAGCGACAAAGCCUUGGAUCUCCAUCAAGCAUUUUGACUAAGUUUUUUGGGACAAGUUCAGGAAACUGGAAGUCUAGAAAUGAGGCAUGGUGCUUCAGUUCUUCUGUCUGCACUUUAUUUUUUUGGAGACAGAGUCAGCCUAGGCCCCCAAACUUUAUCUCUCCUGCUUCAGCUUCCUCAGUGGUUCGAAUACAGAUGUGCACUACCAUGGUCAGUCCCCCUCACCCCCAUGGGAAAGCCUAUGUAGAGAGGGCUUGGACAAUCUGUGUACCUCCUGCCCUUUCUCCAGUCUUCUGAGGCAGAGCUGCAAGGACCAUCCAUCUACCUGGCAGGAACACGUACUGAGGGUCCCUGACCUGUAAAAUCGCCAAGUUGUUCUCACUCACGAGUUAGCUUUGUGUGAUGGUGUCUUGCUGUGCUUUAGCCCCAGACCACUCCUUUUUGGGACUGACUUUACUAUAUCAUGGUAUUCUUAGAAGUCAUCAGGGAACCUCCGAAAGUACAGAAAAUCAUGCUCACAGGAGUCUACAAAUGCUGUGUGUACUGCAGCAGGGUUACCAGUCAGGCUUACCUGAGACUUCAGUCCAAGGAUGAGUGAUCAGGAAUGCAGAGGGGAGGGACAGGACUUCUCUGCCAGCACAGUGUUCUGCGGGGCUUAUCAGCCCACCCUGGGAAGAGGGGCUGACUCCAGUCUGCACAAAGGAAUCUAGCAGUGGCCAAGGCUUCCCAGCAGGCUCCCUUGGGGUUAGGAUGCAGUCUACACAGAGCAGGAAUACACACUCCUACUCUUCCAACAUCCAAGUUAUUUUUUCCCUCUAGCAACAAAAAUUCUAGCCCGAGUUUAAAAAUAAUUGGCUACUGCUCACACAUUGUUUAUUUUCAACUGAAGCACUGUGCUAGUGUUUUUAAGUUAUUGUUCAGGCCAUAAGAGUGUAACUGACAAAAAAAAAAAAAAAAAAAAAAAAAAAAUCACUUGGGAGUUAUACACAUAAUUGUUUUUGAAUUUCCAAGUAAUUUCUUUACAAGUGUCUUGUUUUAUCAUAGGAACUUAAAAACAAACAAACAAACAAAAAAACAAAACCCAAAGCCUUCUAUGGGUCAAGGACUCAUUUCAGACUCCCUACUAAGGUGGCCCUUACUGACUACAGAAAGUAAUACCCUUCCCAACAAAAGAUGAUUAUUAUUGUGUUCUUCAUGGAGAACAGGCCAAUGCUUGGAGCAGGUGAAACAAGCAACUAUGGUUUGUUCUGUGUUUAAUAUUUAUAGCUCCAUAACACCCGUCUCAGUGUUUUGUUUUAUUUUCAUAAACCAAUGCCUGGCUCCUUUUUAUAUGUUCAAUCAACAAUUAAAAACCCUGAAUGUCCUAAGGUGUUUUGAAUUAAAGUAUUUCUGGGUCUUCAGGAA